GUGACUGGCAACACAGUUAUGCACGGCGCAGCUUUUCUGCCUGUCUGAUUGCUUGUCAAAAAGUUUGGUUUCUCAAAGCAAGUGUUUUUUCAAACAAUUAUUUUAAAUGUAUUCGUGAAUCAAACUAUCUUGCAAUAAUGACUCGGAAUUUAGUAAUUAUAACUGUGAUAGCUGUGCUAUCACUGGGUGUUACUUCAGUUGUCGCUGAUUGUAUGAUACCAUUAGUCCUGAGGAAUACGUGGUUUUCCUUCGAAAAUGGCAAGCAAACUAUUACAGAUAUCAACGCCAGUGAAAUGACUGGAAGGGGUGUAUGUGUAGACAUAAAGGCUGAAUACAGAGUGAACUUUACUAUGGUAUUUUCAUACACAAAAUGUUAUUACUGUGUAAAGCUGAUUGUGAGGACAGUGAAUGUGUUGGAGAAGAUCGAGUCUCCUUGUGUGAACCUGGGUCCUGAUGAGCAGCCCACCGUGGAUAGAGUGUGUCGAGGACUCAAUCCUGAUCAGCAAGGACUGAUCACAUUGUUCUCUGAAAACUAUGUGCCUGUCAAUUGCCGUUCAUCUCUGGAAGGUGUAUGGCAGUUUGCUUAUCAGAACAGAUUCCGAUUCACAGGAGAAUGUAACCAUCCUGACGCACAGAUCAAAUCUUGUCAGACAGCUGGUACACAGUUCUUGAUCACCAAUCAGAAGUUUAACAUUACUUAUAGGAAAUGUGCUGGAAUGUCAAACACUUUUGAUGGAGUUGUGGAGUACAGUUGCUUGGGUCAUUGGUUUGUCAACAAAAACCACUUCUUUGCUGUUGCAAACACGAAGGAAUCUCGUAAAGAUGAGAGGUAUCGCUGUUUCCUCAAGAACAGAGAUGAUGAUCUAUAUAUUGGAGCCUCUAUUACACCAGAAUGUAACACAUUGAAGACUGUUGAGAAGUCCCCUGAGAGAUACAGAGUUACACCUGUCAAGGCUGAAGUGGUAGAACCAGGUUGUCGAUUACCACAAAACUUCUCUGGUGAGUGGAUCAACACUGCUAACAUUGAUGCAGAUGUAUUCAUCAACGAAACUCACAUUAUAGAAACUUACUACCCUGAUGAGGGCCGAUUCAGAAGAACUAUUUAUGUGUGCAGGGAGCAGCGUGAUAGUAGAGUGAUGAUGGCUCGCCUCACAGUUGAUGGUUGUCAAAAGGAUUAUGUGUGCUUCGACUUUGUGCCACAACAUCAUAAUAUUAUAAGAUACCGAAAAGGUUUAGCCAUGAUCCAAAGUAACUUCCACACAGUAUGUUCAUGGGUGCAGUUCCCCAACAAGCAAGAAUGGCGAUACGAUAUAUUCCUGAAGAAAGAUCCCUCGCCAAUUCGAUGCCCUGUUGCAGGCAAAUUCAAUUUUACACAAAAAGGCGAUGUGAGAUUUGAAACAAGGAUUUUGGGAGGUGUCACUCUAAGUCCGAGACCAAACUUGUACUGCAAGCUGAAUAUCAGUGACUUCUCCGUUUGUGAUAUUGAUCAGAAAACUAUACAAAUAAAGGAGAACUACUGUCUAUCAGUGGACUACUUGGGUAGACCCGUUGAUAUCUACAGUGAUCCUGAUUACAGAAUGAAAUGUAUAGGAUUUUGGAAGGAGAAUUUGAAGUCUUAUCUAAUUACUUAUGAUGAGCUGGACCCAUUUUCCAAGUACAGAUGUUGGGUGUAUCAGCGAGCUGAUUUGAACAGAGUACUGAUGUCUCAAGCUUUAGGCCCAUACUGCGAUUUAAAGCAAGACGUGACGUCUUGGAACUACACUGAAGGCGCAGCUGUCGCCAUUGAGAUGGAAGAGUACGAGAGAGAACGCGACCAGUGCCCCAUGCACUUCGACGAUGGCAGCGACCCUUGGUCUACAAAAGAAAACUUUAUCAAAGUGUUCAGUUUCUCAUUUUGGGGCAGUAAUUCUGCACAAACAAUUGUAAUUAAUUCCGCUGUAAUAUUUGUGGUAGCUUUAUUUACAUUAAUACUGUAAUUAAUAAGUACAUAGACUGAUGUAGAUUACAAAUAGGUUGUCCGUAAUGUUUGUGUCUUGACCUUUUUUUUCAUGUAAAGUGAUGAUCUGUUGUUCUGAUCUGGGUGCUUACUCUUGAAACCAAUCUCAAUGCAAUUGCAAUCCAAUAAACUCUAAAUAAUUAUUAAAUAACAAGAAGAUACAACUCCAAUUGUAGCUGCAUAUAAUAAACUAGCAUUCAGAGUAUGGAAUAUAAACCCAAAUUCUAUAUUAUUUAGUUCAUUCAAUAUCCCCGCAAUACGGGUGCAAUGGGCGCUAGUAUUACAACUCAAGAAAACUAUAUUUCACAAUAUCAAUGUCGAUCGGUCCAAAUUGGAUACAAGAGUAAACUCCCUGUGAUCUGUUGUAGAAAAGCUACUUAAUCAUAAUGUUAAAUCUGAUUGUAUUUUCUAUUUUUAAUUCUAUUACUAAGAGCUAUAUUUUUUCAGUUGCUUUAUAAGCAUAGUGAAUAAUUCCGUCCAAUUUCAGUGUUAUUUUUUACUUUUAUAUAAAAUAAUGAUGAAUUUCAGAAGAAUCGAUGUGCCUUCUACUAGUUGUAGAUGUUUUUGCUAAGCACUGUAACUCUAUGUAUGUGUUAUACUAGAUCUGAUUGUAAUUUAGAAUUCUAGUACCAAUUUUGUAUUUGAGAUAGUAAUUUGACAUCAUCCAGAAAUGUGAACAUUAAUCUCAGUGCUGUUUUACUAUGUAUCUCACGUUUACAAAUAUGUUUGAUCUGUCAGAAUCAGACUUCUAUAAUACCUAAUACUAAUGCAUUUAGUGCCUUAAGAAUAAUAAUUUUAUGUAUGUUGUAUGUAAAUAUGUAGUUAUAUGUAUUGCCCAAUCAUGAAUAAUGAUGAUGACAUCUAAAUAUUACUACUUUAAGUUAAAGUAUAGAUAAUUUUAUAUAUCUAUUGUUUAUAUCAGUAACAUGUCAUGUUGUUACCUCUCUGUAAUAAAGUCCGUCCAAAAUAAGACAUUAGAAUACACAUUUUUAUAUUUUUAUUUAGACAUCUAAAUAAAGUGUUAUAACUAAAUAAA